GGCGCCUGGCACUGAGCCCAGCCCGGCCGCGGCUGAAUGGAACGGCUGCACAAGCAGCCGCUGACCUCCCCUGGGAGCGUCUGCUCCUCGCGCGGCUCCAGCGUGCCCGGCUCCCCCUCCAGCAUCGUGGCCAAAAUGGACAACGAGGUGCUGGGCUACAAGGACCUGGCCGCCAUCCCCAAGGACAAAGCCAUCCUGGACAUCGAGCGGCCCGACCUGAUGAUCUACGAGCCCCACUUCACCUACUCGCUGAUGGAGCACGUGGAGCUGCCCCGGAGCCGCGAGCGCUCCCUGUCUCCCAAAUCCAUGUCUCCUCCUCCGUCUCCAGAGGCGAUCCGGGAGUGGCUGGACAGCCGCCCCCCCAGCAGCACCCCGGGGCCCCCCUCGCGCCAGGGCGCUGCCCCCACCCGCAGCAGCGUCCAGCACUUCCACCGACCCGAGACCGACACCACCGAGCUCAACAUUUACAAGAAGCCCCCGAUCUACCGGCAGAAAGACCACCAUUCCAGUGCCCACCACGGGAAACAUCUCAUCGAGGACCUGAUCAUCGAAUCCUCCAAAUUCCCGGCGGCGCAGCCCCCGGACCCCAACCAGCCCGCCAAGAUCGAGACCGACUACUGGCCCUGCCCGCCCUCGCUGGCCGUCGUGGAGACCGAGUGGAGGAGGCGGAUGGCGUCCAAGAGGGGCGAGGAGGAGGAUGAGGAUCUGACGGAGGAGAUGAAGAACCUGCGGGAGCUCCAGCGGCAGGAGCUGAGCAAGGUCAGCGGCGGGGCGGUGAAACUCCNCCUGAAGGAGGAGAUGGAGAAGUCGCUCCCGAUCCGCAGGAAAACUCGCUCGCUGCCGGACCGGACGCCUUUCCACACCUCCCUCCACAGCAGCUCCAAGAGCUCGUCCCUGCCCGCCUCCGGCCGGAGCACCCUGACCCGGCUGCAGUCCGCAGAGUUCGGCUCAGCGGGGAGCGAGAAGAGCAGCCCGGAGUUUAUUUUAUUUGCUGGUGUUGGAGAAUCCGCGUGA